AUGCUUGCAAACUCAUUUCGUGUGCAGAUUCAUGCACGAUCACAUCACCUUGCAGCUUCAGUGUUGCGAUGUGAUGUCUCCGGUACCAUACGCCGAUCUAAGCUUCCAGCUUUCCUGUACACUGCGCGAUAUUCGACCUCCCGGUCGCCGGAAGUUCUUGCUAAAGCCAGGACUUCUGCUACCUACGACGAUGGCAUCCAAACGCGGGGCACUCAAGAAAUUGGUGCUAUGAGUCAAGAGCAGGUUCCAAUUAGCGAACCUGGUCGCACAACUUCGACAGCGUGGGAUCAUGGUGCUUCAGACACGCCCACCGACACACUCUUCCUAGGCAACCUGAGCCCAUGGGCGACAGUUGGCGAGCUGCGCAAAAUCUUUUCUCGUUUCGGCGAGCCAGUUAUUAUUUUGAAGGUUACGAGCGCAGGACAGAGUCGUGGCUUCGCACAUCUUCAGUUCCCGAACGUGCAAUAUGCGAAGAAAGUGCUAGACUUCCAUAAACGGUAUCCGUUCAUGACCGGCGGGCGACAGCUGCGCAUCGUUUUCAGUACAUCUACCUCCCGCGCGCGCGAGCCUUCAAGCAAUAUUGCGCGAGCGAGCCGUUCACUGUAUGUGGGUAAUGUGCCAUAUAACACAAAGGAGGAAGAGCUGCAGAAGCUGUUUGCGACGUACGGUGCCGUGGUGCGAGUUAAUCUCACUCGAGACGAGGAAAAUAAUCGGUGUCUUUAUGCACAUGUCGACUUCGAACUGCUGGAAGACACGCGAGCCAUCUUAGAUGCGCAGUGGACGAAGCGGUUUGAGCUUCAAGGCCGGCCGCUCUGGAUUGACUACUCGCGCACGUCCUAUAGGCAGCGCCGUGUGGAACAGAUCUCAGCUACGGAGGACGAUGAUCGUGACGUGGCGAACUUCCGGAGAUCAUAUGCGCCGAGUAGGUCUCUGUGGGUAGGCGGAAUGCCACCCGAUGUUAUAGAAGAGGAUGUCAAGAGGCUAUUCAAGUACUGGAACGGAUGCGAGGUGAACAGUCGAGAUGAGCGAUGCAGAUCGUUCGCACAUGUUGACUUCAUGUCUGUCCGCUUGGCGAUAGAGAUUAUGGAGUCGCAUAGGAAGACGCCCCUGAAAUUGCUGGAUAAACGGCCGGUCCUGCUGGACUUCGCGCCCCCUAUGCUGCGCUCGGAUUAUCCGCCCAAUUACACGCUAUACUGUCCGGCCUUGAUUGGCGACGAGAUCGACGUGCGUACUCUUUUUGGGAGACAUGCGAAAAACAUCCGGGAAAUCAGAUUUCGUGAGCUCUUCUUCUUGAAGUCGUGGGGCCGUGUCAUUGACUCGUCUGCCGUACGCUCGCCAGACCAUCGGCCCUUGAUCGAUCCAGCGAAGAAGGCGGGGUUCAUUGAAUUCUUCACGACAGCGCAGGCGAGGGCUGCAAGGGACUCGUUGAAUGGGAAAGUGAUCAGCCCAGGAUGGCAUCUUAGUUUAGAAUUUGCGCGGCAGUCCACGCUGCAACGAAAGAGGGCUGCAGGUGUUGUCAGCGAGUUUGGGAUGCAGCCGACCGAAGAGGAGAAAGAGCAGCUGAGUGCACUGUAUGAUGUGAUGUCUGAAAAGGAAGCGGAUGGGCGACUGUGA